ACUGAAAGCAAAGGCAGCUACGAUACGAUACACCUGCACCCUUCCUAGCUCCCUAGUCGAAUGUGGAGCUCGUCGCCUCUAUCAUUCAUCUCCGGCCUCAGCAGAUGAGCUCAUUUCUCGACAAGUUUCAGAGAUUGGCUUGGUAGAAGUAUAACUCUAUCUGUAUAUGAAUUGAUGUGGAGUAUUUCUUCAACAUUCUUCCCGUAAUGCAUAUCUGAUUUUGUUGGAGGAUUUACUUUAACAUCUCCGCUUGAAGACGAUCUCGAUCCAGCUGCUGAAAUCCAUGGGGCACGACGGUGAGAACAAUGGUAUAGAUCGAAUGGAUCAGGGACAGCCUGUCAUCGAUGUAGCCCCUCUCCGUUCUGUGCCGUACACUGGUCCUCUUCCAACAUCCAUCCAUGAUUCUCCUGUGUUGGGAUCUAAUGCAUCUCCAUUCACGACUGAUAAUGCCGAAUCCUCAGCAAAUGGCAGCACUCAGCCGGCAAUGAUUUACUUUAAUAGUUUUGCAACUCCAGAAGAGAAGACCAAUCUCUUUGAGGCCGCCAUGUCUCACACAAAAGCAGGAAGUUUGCUUACUGGAGCUGCUGUAAUGGGGAAAGUCGGACCUCCUAUAGGUGCCGUUGAUAUUUUGGAGACUGAUACCAAGUAUUUGUUUCGUGUCUCGCUCCCUGGCGUUGCAAAAGAUGCAGAAAACUUUCACUGUAACAUUGAACCUGAUGGGAGGGUAGAUAUAAGGGGUGUUACAUUGACUGGAGUGCGAGCCAUCUACAAACAUAACAUGGUGUUUAAGAUGAACGCUUCAAACCUAUGCCCACCUGGAAAGUUCACCAUUUCAUUUCAGCUUCCUGGGCCCACUGGAAAUCAAUUGACAACGUCAUUCGGAUCUGAUGGAAUUUUAGAAGCAACUGUGGAGAAAAAACAACAUAACAAUUCUUGAUUGAGGCAAACUUGUCCUUCGGAUUGAAAACCUUUUCCGUAGCUUCAGCAAUUAGGAAGUGAAGGUUUGGUGUUAGAUCUUGGAGAGAAAAGCUGUUUGUGUGCUGUCUUUCUUCCUAGUAUGAUUCUAUUGACCUUCCUUAACAUGUUUGUAACAAUAUGUUUGUAACGUUAAUGGCCGCGAUGCUGCUAGGUUAUUGAUUUGAAGGAUGUUAUUCACAUUGUUGUAGGAACCAAUGUAGAUUAUCGGGAACAUAUUAGUUCUUACGUUAACAAUUGAUUUUUGUUUAUGUUGUGAGAAUCAUCUCCAACACUUCUUCUAAGUGCUACCUCUCUUUCGUGUUCUUUUUAGUUUAUUAUUGAGGCUCUUGAGGUUACAAAGUACUCAUCUU